CUGGUGGAGCACAGGUUUGAGAGGUGGUGUCUGACGAUCAAGAAAUCUGAUACAGUGGAGCAACAUUUGCCUCCCAUCGAUGUCACUAUGGUGUGGCAUGCCUACCUCCUGAAUCCGAGGCAAGCAUGUCUCUCAUUCCUCGUUGAUGAUGAACUUGACAUUUUUUUGUCAUAUCCGCAGCUGGUAUGCGGAAGACACCACACGGAUCUCCAAGCUCAAACCUCGUUCAUUUCACUGAUUACUUUCCUAACCUUCUCGUACGCCACAUCACUUUGA